UCUCCCUCUCACCCCCACCCUAAGAUCCAUUUUUUUCUGCUGCGCCUAAGUUUCUAAAUUCCGAAAAAAAUGCAAUCAUCCAGAUGAAAUCAAACACGCAAUGUCUAGUUCCCGCACCACCGAUCUAGCAAAUCCGCCGCCGGUAGAUUCGCCGUCCGACCACAGAAACUCUUCAUCGCCGUCGAUUACCAAGCUGCGGAAAAUCCCACCGAUUCCAUCCAGACGCAGACCCAGCAUUGGUGACGACGAGGGUUUCGAUUUAGGUAAAAAUGAUUCCUCCAAUAUCAUCGAGCCUUCCACGCUCGGCCUCAAUCAAAUCAGAACUCGCUCCGCGCCGCUGCCUCUCGAUAAGGAAAAUUUCCUCCGAGGAAACGAUGAAGCCGAUACAAAACCUAAAUUAUCCCCCUCCCAACAAUUUGCUGCCGCUUCUGCCGAACUAGGCAAACGAGUUCAUUGGAAUCAUUCAAAAUCGCUGAGAAUACCUUCGCCGAAUAGAUCGGGAUCAGAGGGUUAUCAUGCCGUUUUUGCCAAGGAAAUGCAAUCUCCACGAUUCCAGGCUAUUCUACGUCUAACAAGUGGCCGUAAAAGACGAGUACCAGACAUUAAGAGCUUCUCUCAUGAACUUGAUUCCAAAGGUGUCCGACCACUUCCGUUUUGGAAAUCUCGUGCCAUCGGGCGCAUGGAAGAAAUUAUGGUAAUGAUACGGUCGAAAUUCGAUAAAUUGAAACAAGAAGUUAAUGCGGAUUUAGGAAUUUUUGCUGGGGAUUUGGUGAGCGUACUCGAGAAGACUUCAGAAUACCAUCCUGAUUGGAAAGAAUGUUUGGAAGAUUUAUUGAUAAUAGCGAGGCAGUGUGCAAAGAUGUCACCUGGUGAAUUUUGGAUUAAGUGUGAAGGCAUUGUACAAAAUCUAGAUGAUCGGCGUCAAGAGUUACCCAUGGGUAUACUGAAGCAGGUGCAUACGCGUCUUUUAUUUAUCCUCACUCGUUGCACUCGGUUAGUUCAGUUUCAAAAGGAAAAUGGUUAUGAAGAAGAUCAUGUGCUGGCUGCACAUCAGCUAAGCGACCUCGGUGUAUACCCGGAGCGUACCUUUGGUAUAUCGCUGGGUUCGAAAGAAAGUGUCGAGAGGCCAAGUUAUAAGUUCCAAGAACUGGAACAAAGCGUUCCAAUGACCAAACAAAACCAUGUAACGGAAGAGGUUCAUACUGCAACUAGUGUUGCAUCAUCUACGGGAAGCUUUAAGAUGUCGUCGUGGAAGAAACUUCCGUCUGCUGCUGAAAAGAAUAGGAAAGACCACGACUCGGUUGACACCCCUUGUAAGGAUAAAUCGGACGACUUGCGUUGUAAUACGCAAAUUCCCGUCUCUUCUCAACACGCUGAAGAGUCCUUGAAAAUGCAAAGAUUGUCUUGGGGGGUAUGGGACCAACACCAAAUGGCGUACGAGGACUCGCUAAUCUGCAGAAUAUGUGAAGUUGAAAUACCAAUAGUUCAUGUAGAGCAGCACUCGAGAAUUUGUACGAUUGUUGACCGAUGUGAUUUGAAGGGUUUAACUGUAAACGAACGACUCGAAAGAGUUGCAGAGACUCUUGAAAAAAUACUCGAAUCUUGGACUCCGAAAGCAUCGGACGUAGUAGGGGUACAAGAGGAUUUGGAUGGGCUGUCGCAAAAAAUGAACAGUUUUUCUUGCCAAUGUCCCAAAGACAUGAUGAAUUGUGUGCAUGUGGCUGAUAACUCUUUUUUAUUGGAUGCUCUGAAUGCAACUUGUGAAGCGAGAGAUCAUAAUAGACCUGGUAAGAAAACAUCGUCGGCUGGGAGUUUGACGCCUCGUUCUCCUUUAGUAACCCCACGAAUGACUCAGAUAGAGCUCUUGAUGACUGGACUUAGGACAAUUUCUGAAUUUGAAAGCCAUCAGCAGAUAUCUAAGCUCCUGGAAAUUGCACGAUCUGUAGUAAAAUUUAACAGGACCGAGUACAGCUCCUUGGAAUACAUGAUCGAGAAACUGGAAGACCUGAAGUACGCCAUUCAUGAUAGGAAGGUGGAUGCUCUUGUCGUCGAGACAGUUGGGAGGCGCAUAGAGAAACUAAUACAGGAGAAAUAUGUACUACUGUGUGGGCAAAUUGACGACGAAAAGGGUGAUUUACUGAAUUCCAUGGCCGAUGAGGAUAGUUCAACAGAAGAAGAUACAGUUCGCAGUUUGCGUGCAAGCCCUAUUAAUCCAUGUACCAAAGAUCGAACUUCCAUUGAAGAUUUCGAAAUAAUCAAACCUAUAAGCAGAGGUGCUUUUGGACGAGUUUUUCUAGCAAGAAAAAGGUCGACUGGUGACGUAUUUGCAAUAAAGGUUUUGAAGAAAGCUGAUAUGAUUCGCAAAAAUGCAGUGGAGAGUAUCUUAGCCGAACGGGAUAUUUUAAUAUCGGUUCGCAAUCCUUUUGUGGUCCGAUUUUUCUAUUCUUUCACAUGUAGGGAAAAUCUUUAUCUGGUUAUGGAGUAUUUAAACGGGGGAGAUCUUUUCUCCUUGCUAAGAAAUCUAGGCUGUUUGGAGGAAGAUAUGGCGCGUAUCUAUAUCGCAGAAGUUGUACUUGCGUUGGAGUAUCUACACUCUUUAAAUGUUAUUCAUCGAGACUUGAAGCCAGAUAACCUGCUUAUAGGUCCCGAUGGUCACAUCAAGUUGACAGAUUUUGGGCUGUCGAAAGUUGGUCUGAUAGAUAGCACGGAUGAUUUAUCGGGACCAUCCGCUUUUCUUGAGGACGACGCACCAAAAGCAGGAGUGCACUCAUCACAGAAAAGAGAAGAGAGGAAAAAACAUUCAGUAGUUGGCACCCCCGACUAUUUGGCACCGGAGAUACUUCUCGGCAUGGGACAUGGUAUGACAGCCGAUUGGUGGUCUGUAGGUGUAAUCCUAUUUGAGCUUCUAGUGGGUAUUCCACCUUUUAAUGCAGAACAUCCACAGCAAAUUUUUGACAAUAUUAUAAAUAGGGACAUACCCUGGCCCAAGAUACCAGAUGAGAUGAGCUAUGAAGCUUAUGAUCUUAUCAACAAGUUGCUGAUUGAAAAUCCGGUUCAGAGAUUGGGUGCCACCGGGGCUGGAGAGGUUAAACGGCAUGUCUAUUUCAAGGAUAUUAAUUGGGACACUCUCGAGAGGCAGAAGGCAACGUUCAUACCUUCAGCUGAGGCACACGAUACGAGCUAUUUUAUGAGCCGAUAUAUAUGGAAUCUCGAAGAGGAGAAUAUUCACGGUGGUAGCGAUUUCGAUGACCUGACAGAGACCGGCAGCGCAUCCUGCAGCAGCAGUUCAUACAGCAACUUACAGGAUGAAGAUGGUGACGAGUGCGGAAAUUUGGCAGAAUUCAGCGGUGCUCCUUCUCUCGAGAUGAAUUAUUCGUUCAGCAAUUUCUCGUUCAAGAAUUUGUCGCAACUAGCUUCCAUAAAUUAUGAUUUGGUUACAAAGAACAGCAGAGAGUCGAGUACAGGCUGAACAACAAGACAGUCCAUUACACCAUUUACAUUAUGCCCAAAAAGCAGAGACCUUUCGUUCGAGCAGUCAACGCUUUACUUGUUACAGCAUGAAUCUCAUGUUGUAAUUGCCACGAAAGAUGUUAUGAUGGCCAAAAUGGACUUUGAUAAUUGCCAGGUGGUGUUAGAUUAUAUAUGUCAACUAUAAGAGCCACAUAAUUUUUAAACGCAGAGUGGACCGUUGAAGCAAAGUCAAACGUGAUCCUCUACGCAUGUUAGAACGCGGACACAGACAAUACUGUAGGAACUGCAUAGAUCUUACUUCAACUAUAGAUCUUCCCUCACCUUCACUCUGUCUAUGUGUGUGUGUACAUAUUUGUUUGGUAUGACUGUUUUUCGAUGAUGAAUCCGCAAAUUGGUUGUCGAUCGUCUUGUUAAUUUUGAGCGGUCAAAGUGCGAAUGUCCAUAUUAGUUUUGAAAUAAGUCAAUAUCUGAUUUAUGUCCGAUGAGUUAAAAGAGUGAAGCACUUUAUAUUGUGAUCUGUUAUUCGAUAAUAAUACUAUUCGGAUGCCAAUAUGUAUAAAGACCAUGUGAGUUUUUAUUAAUAUUUGGUUCUUGAAAAUUGAGGAAUGCAAAUAUUUUUCUCAUUUGUGCUUUUUAUCAAUGUUAGGUUUUGUUCUUCCACAAAUCUAUUUUGGUUGUAUUCUCCGC